AUGGGAUCCAUUGAAAUCCCCGUAACUUUGGGAGACUAUACAGUCUCGGUAACCAAGAUGAUGAAGUUCGUGGUGGCCAAGACUAUACAGUUUCUGAUACAUUUACCACUGAUGGCCAAGCCUAAAGAUGGAGAAACGCUCUACAUUUACCUAGCAGUAUCAGAAAUAGCCGUCAGUUCCGUUCUCAUAAGAGAAGAAAAUGGUAAGCAACAACCUGUGUAUUAUAUAUCUAAAACUUUAUUGGAUGCAGAAACUAGAUACAACCAGCUAGAGAAGCUUGCUCUGGCACUCGUCACAGCAGGACGGAAGCUCAGACCCUAUUUCCAGUGUCACCCUAUAGUGGUACUCACGCAAUAUCCACUCCGUGCCGUACUACACAAACCAGAGCUCUCAGGAAGAUUGACAAAAUGGGUUGUAGAGCUCAGCAAAUAUGAUAUCACAUUUCAACCAAGGACCGCAAUCAAAUCUCAGGUAUUAGCUGACUUUAUUGCAUACUUCUCUAGUGAUAUGCAGAUUCAAGCGGAGAAGGAAUUGUUAUAUUUGGAACAACAAUCAAAUACCACAUGGAGGUUGUCGGUUGAUGGGUCAAGCAACAACAAAGGAUGCAGACUUGGGAUAGUUCUCACAACCUCAACUGGAGACGUUAUACAACGAUCCAUUAGGUGUGAAUUCAAAGCUACGAACAAUGAAGCAGAAUAUGAGGCAUUGAUAGCUGGAUUCGACUUAGCAAGGGAAUUGAAUAUAAAGAAUAUCGAAGUCACUUCGGACUCCCAGCUAGUGGUCAACCAACUCAAUGGAACUUACCAAGCAAAAGACUCAAAAAUGACAUCAUACUUGGAGGUAGUAAAAGAAAAGGUAAAACACUUCAGUGAAUUUUCAAUUGUUCAAGUUCCUAGAUUAGAGAAUGACCAUGCAGAUGCACUCGCAAACUUGGGCUCGUCAAUCCAAAUUAAGAAUGGGAUUACAAUCCCAGUAGUGUACAUGCAAUGGUCAGCAGUGUGGAAGAAACCAGAACAAUCAACGAACACCAUCGACACUCAAUCUUGGAUGACACCAAUUAUUGAGUACAUGCACCAUGGUACUCUACUGGAGGACAAAAAUGAGUCAAGAAAGCUAAGGACAAAGGCAGCCAGGUUCACCCUCAGCAGCGGUCGACUGUACAAAAGAUCAUUCACUGGUCCUUUACUUAGGUGUUUGAAUCCAGCCGAGGCAAAGUAUACAUUGACGGAGCACAUGAAGGCGAUUGCAAAAACCAUUCUGGAUCAAGGAGCAUGUGUAACAAAGCCCUUACAACUGGGUACUAUUGGCCAACAAUGA